CGAUCAGUCUGCUCGGAAGUUUAGCCUCAGGAUGUGGUUGCUACUGCCUUUGCUGGCCUUAAUUUCGCCCUCGUGGCAGGAGAAUGCCACAGUGAUCAACAAUAGUUAUGUGACCAAGGCAGGCUGCGAGGCCCUGGUCAAGGAGCCGAAUCUCUGCGAGUGCCAGGAUCAGGAGAUCAAGUGCGAAAACCUCCAGUUGCACAGUGAUAAUCAGCAGCUAUAUGGUAUUGGAUGCAGCAUCUUCGAUGCCAGAGGAUACGGGUAUAUUCCGCCUCUUCAAGUGGGCAACAUUGGAUCCCUGAUCGUACAGAACUGCGCCAUACCAAAUGCCCAGAGUAUCAAGUACCUUCUCAGCAAACUGGGUGUUAGCAACUACACCGAACUGGAGAUCUUCAACUAUUUCGAUCCCAAGAAAACCGAUCGCGGAGAGGUUCUGCAGCAGCAUUACACAGAUCAUGAGGGUCUUAAAAAAAUCUCUAUCAUUGGCUUCAAGUCCACGUUGCCGGAGAAUUUUCUGGAAAACCUGCCGGCCCUCAAACAACUCUCUCUAAAAGGAAGCAGCGAUUUGCCCGGCACAAUUCUGCAUAAUCUAAAGAACCUAACACAUCUGGAAAUUGUGGUCAAAAAUCUGGGCAAAGUAUCCGGGGAUAUAUUCGCCAAGCAGUCGAAACUAAAGCACCUGAUGAUCGAUUGCGACGCCAAGAAUAGCAGUGUGGAAAUGUCUGCCUUUGGACCGCAGGAACUUUGGCACAUGACCGAUCUUCAGUCGAUCGAGCUGUUCAACUGCGGCGACAAUGUGCCCACCGAGUUGUUCUGGAUGUCCGAACAGUUGGCCUACAUUGGUAUCAGAAGUAACAUCAGUUACCUAAGCAAGGACUUCUUCAAGGUGCAGAAGAAACUACUCACCCUGAGAUUGGAGAGGAACAAUAUUGCCCGGCUGCCCGAUCAGCUGUUUCGUAACACUCCACUGCUUUUGGAAAUACACUUGGCAUUCAACAACUUGGAUCGCAUUCAGAGCGGUCUCUUUGACAAGUUAAAGAACCUACAGGUGCUGAAUUUGGAGCACAAUCCGAUAACCACAAUCGCCCUAAAUGCCUUCACCCCCAUACCAACUGCCCAUAUUUACGUGGGCAAACUCUUUAAGGCGGCCAAAAAUAAUGCCGACUGGGCUCGAUCCACAAAUGCCACCAUCUGCGAGGAGGAGUAUAUCUACGGGGUGUGCAUCUACUGCAAGCGAGAUGAGUAUCUGGACCAUUUCGCCGACUCGGAGAACUGCAACAAGCCGACUCCGAAGGCCAAGGAUGUGCUGGCCAAAAAGGCCUACGAGAAUAAACUGAAGGCCAUGCCCACACACUCUUGGAAAAAGGCGAAGGAAUAUCCCGAGAAGGAAGAACAACUCUAGGGGCUCCGAACGCUUCACUGGGAUUUUACGCAUCAGUACUAACUAGUAUGUGGAUUUAUGAAUGGUUUAUAUCUACAACUAUAAUGAGAUUAAAAUAAACUGAAAUUAGAGUAAGCAAA